AUUACUAACUGACAUCAGCUAUAAUGUCAGAACUCAAUUUAUCCAAAUGGAUGAGUGAAUUUCACGCUAAACUUCAAGGCAUAUUAUCGUAUACCAGAUUGGUUCGCCGAUGUAUACUACUUAUAUCCGUCGACAUCAGUAGCACACACCAUAAAAAAAGAAUGGAUACAUAUUUGAUGCCUUUAUUGUUUUGCAUAAACAUAUAUACUGUUUUUUACAAUGUUUUAAAAGUGCUAUUCGAUAGGGCAUUGGGAAAUGAUCCCAUACCUCAAUCUUUUACGAGGAGUGAUGUGGAAGAACUAAAUGAUGCAGAGAGAGGAAUAGUUAUGUUCAGAGAAAAUGAAAAGUUAAUAAUAACUCAAAUGAAUAAUAUGGCUCAGAAUCUGUUUCCAAAAAGUGAAGCGAUCAAAGAAUACGUGAAGUGUAUAAGUGAACAACAUCAAGCAGAAUCUUAUUAUUCGUUUAUCAAAGAAAUGAGUGAACAGUUUGAAAAUAAAGAUCUAAUAUCAUUUACUCACUAUUCAACCUUGAAGAAUUGUUUCAUGAAACAAAAACAGAUUUCAGAAAGACAGAAGUUUAAUAACAAAAAUAAAGUUUGCAAAAUACUUGAAACAUUCACUGAAAAAGAUAUUCAGGUUCUCAAUCGUUUAAUUUCUAAUAAAUACGAUAUUUUGUGGAGAUGGAACAAAAUAUUAUUUAACUACGAUUUCGCUUCGAGAAAUAUUAAGCAAACAAUGGUUUUCUUACGAAAGUUAUAUGAUCACUUUGAUGUAAUUCUGUCUGAAAAUGUUCAUCACAACUAUUAA